AUGGAAAUAGAUUGCCUCGUUGACCUUGGCAGAGAGACAGAACCUCCUUCUGGCCGAACGGCUCAGUCACACGAAUUUAAGGACGCUCUGAAAGCCAAGUCAAAAUCCCCAUACGGCGAGAGUAUCUCAGGUAUUUGCGUCAAAUCUUCGCGCAAUGCGAAAAGGCAUCUCGGCCUUCGGGUCAAUGUUGGCAGUGCCCGCUUUGCUGCAUAG